GGAAACUACUGCCUAUGCCAAUAAAUGUUUACUAAGUGAGCACAGCCACUUUGGCAUUCUCAGGCCAGGAAUUAGAACUUGACCAAGCUGUGCCUCUAGUCACUCUUCCCUCCUCCUGUCUCCAGUAGGUAAUCAUUAACCUCACCUCUAAUCAUAUAGAUCAAAUUUUGCAUAGAAGGUGUACAUUUAAUUUCCUUUAGAUUUCCGAAAGAGGGUUACUAGGUCAAGAAGUAUGGAUAUUUUAAAAUAUCUGAGUUCAUAUAGCAAAUUGCUUUCAAAAUGUCGUGUUAUUUUAUCACCACAUUGUAUGAAAAUGUGGAAAGGACUUUUGUUUCUGAGUGUGGGAAAGGAGAGAUAUGAGGGCCAAGUGUAAAGAGACAGAGUUUUGGACUGUGAAUUAAGUACCAAAUGGGAUCAUACUACUUUAGGGAAAUUCCAGCAGAGUUUUGAAGUUUUAUUUUACCCAUCUUGAAAAUGUUCCUGUGUUCUUUCUGGACAUUGCUAGUUAUUGUGGCAGAAAGAAAAAAAGCCUGAUGAACCAUGCACUUGUUCGUAAGAUCUGGAUUCAAGUGACACACAGACUCCUGCCCAUGUUACAUUGGCCAAAGAAAGCAUAUGCAUUCAGUAGAGCCAGAGAUUUUUUCUCUCUAGGGAUGGUGAAGUUGGAAAAAAGCUCCUAUAACUCCCCUCCAGAAUGAACUCCCUGCCAGAAGACAUGGAGAAUGCUCUCACAGGGAGCCAGAUCUCUCAUGCUUCUUUGCGCGAUGUCCACUCCAUCAACCCUACACAGCUCAUGGCCAGGAUUGAGUCCUAUGAAGGAAGGGGGAAAAAAAGCAUAUCUGAUGUCAGGAGGACUUUCUGUUUGUUUGUCACCUUUGACCUCUUAUUUGUAACAUUACUGUGGAUAAUAGAGUUAAAUGUGAAUGGAGGCAUUGAGAACACGUUAGAGAAAGAGGUGGUACACUAUGACUUCUACUCUUCUUAUUUUGAUAUAUUUCUUUUGGCAGUUUUUCGAUUCAAAGUGUUAAUACUUGCCUAUGCUGUAUGCAGACUGCGCCAUUGGUGGGCAAUAGCGUUGACGACAGCAGUGACCAGUGCCUUUUUACUAGCAAAAGUGAUCCUCUCAAAGCUUUUCUCUCAAGGAGCUUUUGGUUAUGUGCUGCCCAUUAUUUCAUUCAUCCUUGCCUGGAUCGAGACAUGGUUCCUGGAUUUCAAAGUGUUACCUCAAGAAGCAGAAGAAGAAAACAGACUCCUGAUAGUUCAGGAUGCUUCGGAGAGGGCAGCACUUAUACCUGGUGGUCUUUCUGAUGGUCAGUUUUAUUCUCCUCCUGAAUCUGAAGCAGGAUCUGAAGAAGCUGAAGAAAAGCAGGACACUGAAAAACCACUAUUAGAGCUAUGAGUACUACUUUUGUUAAAUGUGAAAAACUCUGAGUGAAAAUGACUGGAGGGCACAAAGGACUGGAGAUGGGGUCUCCCUAUGGAAAGCUGAAGUGGUGACAUCCACUGCUGAUUUGAUUGAUGGUGAAUAAAGAACCCAUUUGUUGUAAUACCUCACAGACACUGUACCAUAUUCACAUGUACUUAGUAACCUGCCUGUAGCAGGUGAGAUAACGUAAUGAUCCAUCCCAUGUGCAGUGGGACUGAGUGAUCUGUAAUGAAUAGUUGCCGAAAGGUCUUAUGCUGUAUUCCUAAUCAACAGACUUCUUAAUAUAUUAUAGUAACACAUUUUUAGUAAACAAUAUAACUUUUAUUUGGAUUCACAGAAUGGAAUUGUUUUGUUUCAUGUCUCAGAUUUUUUUUUGUAUUUCUUUUUUAACAUCCUACAUUUCCUUUGUGUUUUUUUAAACUCAUGCACAUGUGCUCUUUGUACAACUUUAAAAUGUAAUAAAAUCCCACAUAUCAAAA